CGCAAAUUCUAAUUGUUGUUUUAGGAGAAGGAUAUGUUGGGAAGUCUUCUUGUAUAAUCCGAUUAAUAACUGGGUCUUUUCCUGAAGUAUGGGAUCCAAUAAUUGAAGAUAUUUAUAAUGUCAAACUAAGAAUAGAUGAUGAAUUAAUUUCAUUAAAUUUGGUCGACACAGCUAGCAAUGGUUGGCCUUCAUACCUCCAAAAAUUGUAUGUUUCAAAAGCUGACGGGUUUUUAAUGAUGUAUAGCAUUGACGACUAUAAACUUUUAAACAAAUUAAUUUUUUCAAAGAAACGUGUUCCAAUUGUUUUAUGUGGUAACAAAAUCGAUAGAGAAGAACGACGGGAAGUAUCAAAGAAAGAAGGAAAGGUGUUGGCAGAGUCUUUAAAUGCACAAUUUUUGGAAAUAUCUACAAAAAAAUGGUACAAAUGUUGUUGA